AUGGCUGAGGAGCAUGGUAGCCACGGCAUCUACUACCCCAAAAAAGAUGAAGAUAACGAUCCUAAAACCAAACCUAUAAAUGCUGGUGGCUAUGAUGGUGGAGAUGAUGACUCUGACGACAUAACACCUAGCGGUGGCGGUUACGGAGAUGGCUAUGAUGAUCCUGCUGUCCAAGCAGCCAUUGGUGGUGGUUUUGGUGACUCUGAUACCAAACCUACAACCGGUGGUGGCUACAAUGGUGGCAUUGAUGGCUCUGAUGAUGGCUAUGACGGAGGCUAUGGAGAUGGCUAUGAUGACCCUGCAAUCCAAGCAGCUAUUGGUGGUGGUUCUGGUGACUCUGACACCAAACCUACAACCGGUGGUGGCUACAAUGGUGGCAAUGAUGAGUCUGAUGAUGGCUAUGAUGGCGGCUACGGAGAUGGUUAUGAUGACCCAGCAAUCCAAGCAUCUAUUGGUGGUGGUUAUGAUGGCUCGGACACCAAACCUACAAUUGGUGGUGGAGUUGAUGACUCUGACGACAUAACACCUAGCGGUGGUGGCUACGGAGAUGGCUUCGAUGACCCUGCAAUACAAACAACUACUGGUGGCGGCUAUGGUGGUCCUGAGAAAAAGUAA